UAAAAAAAUAUUUUGGAGGGUAGUAUAUAUAACCCUUGCACAUUGUUUAAAAAAUACUCAAAUAUAUUAGUCAGCAGGUGAAAACAUAUAUAAUGGGUAAAUUCUACCUACACUACCUAUUUGUAAACAGUAACAACUGCAACUUAAAAAAAUAGUGUAACACAUACUCAAAAAUUACUGGACCCGCGUGCCUUUGUCCUCGAGGGAGUUGAGCUGCUGCGCUGCUGUUUUGAAGGCCAAACUCUCACAUCGUUUCAACCUGAAGUGUUAACUGCAUAUCCUGGACUUCUCUGUGUGAAGGUCUUCAAGUCUUGGACUCUCUUUCCUGUGGGCCUUAUACCAGUUUUCACAAAAGAUAUAUGAACACAAAAUAUUUGUACUUUUGUGAAGAGGGUGUCUGACUAAACUCAGCACUUAUUGAAGACCCGAAACUGACUAAAAUGGGAGUGUUGCCUUGUUGCAGAUGAUUUGGUUGUGCAAAAUAUGUAAUUUCUCAUCCUUAAAACGAUUGGCUCUACUGAAACACUACAGAUUACAACAUGGGCAUUUUGGUCGAAACCAGUCCAUACCCUGUCUCCAUUCGGAUUGCCCUUGCUCAUUUAGGACAUGGGGUGCAUUACGUACACAUUUGUCCAGGGAUCACCCCCAGACUACUAAACCAGGCCAGCUCCUUUCUUUCACAUGCCUAGUGUGUAAUUCAUGUUAUUUCCACACAGAAAGACAAUAUUUUGAGCACCUUGGUGGACACCUAAAAAAGUUUGAAACGGUGCCUUGUGUUUUUAAAGAAUGUGAUUACAAAACAAAUAUAUACACAACAUUCCACAGUCACAAGAGUAGAAAACACAAUCCCCAUUCAGUGGAGGAUUUUAAGACUGCUGUUUUCCGUGAGAACCAUGGCCAAGUGCUUGAAGAAAGUGAAGUUUCUGAAUGUGAAAACUACUGUGACUCUGUUCUUGAGGCAGACGAGGACUUGAAAAAAACAAUUAUUAAGAGACUGGGGUUAGUUCUUCUUAAACUGGAAUGCAUUUUCAAUGUAUCUAAUACAUGUAUUGAUGAACUAGUUGAGGAACUUUGUUUCCUUACAUCAUCUGCUUCUGGACCAGUUCUAAAAGAAAUUAUACUGAGCACCUUGAGGAAGCAUGGCUGUACUUUUGAAGAUUCUGUGAUUUCAGAGCUGGUGAACGACCUUUGCCAGCUAAACCCCUUCUGUGCUGCUUUAGGGGUGGAUGGGCCUUUAAGCACACACUACAGGAGAGACCAAUUUAUAAAGGAGCACCUCUCACUGACUGAGCCAAUUGAGUACAUACUUGAUGGUAGUGAGAAAAAAACCUUCCAAUAUGUACCAAUUCUUCCAAUGUUGUCCCAACUUCUGAGCAACAGGCAUAUUGAGGACACAAUAUUACAGAAUAGAAAGCCAUCGGAUGAUUUUUCUGGAUACAGAUCAUUGCAUGAUGGAUCUUUUCUCAAACAAAACACCUUCUUUUGUGGACAAGAACUUAAACUCCCACUUGUUGUUUACAUAGAUGAUUUCGAAGUUUGCAAUCCUCUAGGGACAUCCCGUAAGAAACAUAAAGUCACAGCUGUGUACUGGGUGUUUGCGGAUAUCCCGGCUACCUUGCGAUCUACUCUGACUUCCAUCUACCUAGCUGUUCUGUGUAAGACGGCUGAUGUCAACCAAUAUGGUUACCCAAAAGUGAUGGAGCCGCUGCUUAGAGAUUUGAAAUCCUUGGAAGAUGAUGGCAUUUUUGUACCAAGUUUAGGUGAAGUGGUUAAGGGAACUGUAUUUGCUGUAGUUGCUGAUAAUCUUGCAGCACACUCUGUAGGUGGGUUUGUUGAAAGCUUUUCUUCCUCCUACUUUUGCCGCUUUUGCCUUGCAGAACGUUCACGUAUCCAGGAGCAUGAAGUUGGACCGGGAACUUUUCCUCCACGGACCAAGUCCAAUUAUGCCUUGCAUGUCAAUGCAGCAUUAUCUGACACUGCUGAAGCUCAUCAUUGUGGAGUAAAAAGACAGUGUCCAAUCUCUGACAAAUUGAGUUACUUUCAUGCCACUUCAGGUUACCCCCCUGAUGUCCUGCAUGAUUUGCUUGAAGGGAUUGUACCAUUUGAAUUGGCACUCUCUCUGAAUGUGUUCAUAAAGAAGAAAUACAUUUCUCUUCAGGAGCUCAACCAUUCCAUUUCUCAGUUUCCUUACAAGUGGAAUGACAAGACAAACUGUCCACAACCCAUUCCCCUGACUUUUGCAUCACGUAAAAGUAUUGGAGGCAAUGCACACGAAAACUGGUGCUUGUUGCGGAUGCUACCUUUUAUGAUUGGUGAUAGAGUACCAGAGGAUGAUGCAGUUUGGCAACUUUUGAUGGCCUUGAAAGAUGUUGUUGAGCUUGUCAUGGCUCCUGUCCACACAGAUGAGACACUAGGAUACAUGGAAAGCAAGAUCAGUGAACACCGGUACAGGUUUUUGGAUGUGUUCCCACAGGAGACACUCAAACCAAAACAUCACUUCCUUGAACAUUAUCCUGAGCUUACAACUUCUUUUGGACCACUUGUGGCUCUCUGGACCAUGCGCUUCGAAGCCAAGCAUAGAUUCUUUAAAAGAAUUGUGAGGCAGACUGGAUCUUUCAGAAACAUUCUCAGGACAAUGGCAAGAAAACACCAAUCAAUGAUUGCAUAUCACCUUCAUGAUGCUGAUGCUCAGAGGCCAAUGCUUACAGUGUCCAAAAUGACACAAGUGGCAGUGGAGGUUCUAAAAGACAGCAUUAGGGAGUCAUUUGCAAGGAAGUUUCCCAGAACAGAGGUUGUGAACAUGACGGACAAGGUCACCAUUUUAGGCACUUCAUAUUGUGUUGGGAUGUUGUUGCCUUUUGGAUCGACAGGAGGGUUGCCUGAUUUUGGAGAAAUACUCCAAAUAAUCAUUUUGCAUGAAAGCCCAGUUUUUGUUCUGAGGUUGCUAGGUGGGUGGUACCAUGAGCACCUAAGGAGCUUCAAAGUAGAGCCCACAGGAGAGAUUGAAGUCAUUCUGCAUUCAGAAUUGAAAGAUGCUUACCCCUUGGCCGCGUAUAAUACAGCAGAUGGUCGGAUGGUGUCCCUGAAACACUUCAUUUGCACGUCAGAGUAUGUAUUACAUGUCAUUUUUAAAAAUAAUUAUUGCUGCAGAUGACAAUAAGCUGUAAUCUACCUCUGGUUUUAAAACAUUUGUGUUUAAAACUCUAUUUCAGGUGUGCACAACUUUGGUCUAGUAGUUCAGCAAUGAUUAUUUACCUACUCAAAUACUCCUGCUUGCACAUACUGCUGCUGGCUAGUUUAGUUGAUCUAUUUAGAAGAUUAUUUAGUAGAGAAACCACUAAGCUGUACUGAAAAUUGGCCCACCAGGCAUGGAGUUGUAAAGCUUUGAUGUACAUGGUGCCUUACUUUCUUAAUAACUAAACACAUUAAAAUUGUUCUAGGUAUUGAUGGCUAUCUCUGAUAGUUGUAUUCUUUUUGUCUCUUUACCCAU